AUGUCACUUACUGUAUUAGUAGGGACAUAUAAUUUAAAUCAAAGAUUAUUAGAAAAAGAUCUAACAACAUGGUUGUUCCCUCCAACAUCACAAUCCCUACCAGAAAAACCCGAUAUAAUUGCAAUAGGAUUUCAAGAAUUUAACGAAUAUCCAAAUGCAUUUUUAAAUAUUAAUAAUAAAAAUAGAAUAAAACAUUGUGAGGAAAUGAUUGAAAAAGCAAUACUUAAUUAUACAAAUGAACAAUAUUUUAAAAUAAGUAGUAGUAUAUUCAAUGGGUUAGCAUUAGUAAUUUAUGUAAGAAAUGAAGAAAUUAAAAAUGAGAUAAAGAGUAUAGAAGUAGAACAGGUUGGAGUUGGACCAAUUUGGGCUGGUAACAAGGGAGCGAUUGUAGCUCGAUUAAAUAUAAAUGAUACAAUAUCAGUCUGUUUUAUAUGUGCACAUUUAGCACCACAUUCACAUAAUGUAGUGGAAAGGAAUAAGAAUUUUAAGAGUAUUAUUGAGAGAGUAAUAUUUAUUGAUAAAAGUACAAUAUAUGAUAAUGAUUACGUAUUUCUUUUUGGAGAUUUAAACUAUCGUAUAGAGAUAAAAGCAGAAAAAAAAGAACAUUUAAUGAAUCUAUUAAAUACAAAUGAAUAUCAAACGGUAAUAAAACGUGACCAAUUAAAUAUUGAAAAAAGAAAAGGGCAGGCGUUUAAUGGAUUUCAAGAAGGUGAAAUAAAAUUUCCUCCUACUUACAAAUAUUAUGUUGGUAGUACAGAGUUUAAUUCUUCAAAAAGGAUUCCUGGAUGGUGCGAUAGAAUAUUAUAUUUUUCUAGCCGUAUCGAAUCAAUUAAAUUGAAUCAUUAUACAUCUAAUAAUGAUUAUAUUACAUCAGAUCAUAAACCAGUUUCUGCUUUAUUCACGAUUAAUUACGAAUCUCUUGAUUAUUAUAAUAAUAAUAAUAAAAUUAAUUUUUUUACUAACUAUAAUUUUAAGAUUGAUAAAUGGAGAUUUAUGAAAAAAGUAGUUGGAAAUUUUGUUAUUAAAAUAUUUGGAUCAUUAUGGAUGUUAUUUUGGACAAAAUGGACAAAAAUAAUUGUUGCAUCAACUGGUAUUUUCAUUGGUUGGUACUUUAUUUAUUCAUAAAUAUAUUAUUACAUGAUUAAUUUAGUGAACUUCUACCGUAAUAUUCUCAUUUAAUAUUCCUAUUUAAUAUUCCUAUUUAAUAUUCCCAUUUAAUAUUCCCAUUUAAUAUUCCCAUUUAAUAUUCCCGAUUGAUAUUCCCAUCUAAUAUUAUAUUCCCAUUUAAUAUUCCCAUUAUUUAAUAUCCCACUCAUUUUAUAUCCUAUUUAAUCCCCGUUUAAGACAACAUGAGGAACGUAUUG